CCACCACCGCACAUCCAGCGGCUACUAUAAUAAACCAGUUGCGCUGGUGACACCGACAGCACAUGCGUUGGCAUAUUCCUUGCAAUACGAAAAUCAGCGGCAUUUCCUAUUUUAAGACCUCUGUUCUUUCCCUUGCGCACCAACAGUCCCUCCGGCGACGGCGGCGAGGCGGGCGAAUUGGCAUCCUUCCUCCUCGACUCGACGCGCGCGUAAUCCGAGUCUUCACAGAUCACCUUCAAGAGGACAAGAUGUUGUGGCGCACAAUUCGCAGUAUGGAGGUGAUGGCGCAUUCUUCGAAUUUCCUUCUUCCGAAACUGCAUCAGCCUGCCAAGGCUCCAGCAAACAACUAUACUCUGGUUGUUCUUAACCAGCAGCUUCCACGGUUCAUGCCUCGCCUCUGGGCUCAAGCAAAGAUGAGAAUAUGUGCUGAUGGUGGAGCCAAUCGUAUUUUUGACGAGAUGUCUCAAAUGACAAAUGACCUGGACAGAAAUAGGUAUAUUCCAGAAAUAAUUGAAGGGGACAUGGAUUCUAUAAGGCCAGAAGUGAAAAGAUAUUACUCUAGUCAGGGAUCCAAAAUUUCUGAUAAAUCACAUAACCAAGAGACAACAGAUCUGCACAAGUGUAUUUCCAGUAUCCGCCAUCGCACACCUAAUCAUGAAAAGCCUAAUCUUUGUGUUCUUGUUACUGGAGCACUUGGAAGGUUUGAUCAUGAGGCUGCAAAUAUCAAUGUUCUCUAUGCGUUCUCGGACAUGCGGAUUGUCCUUCUGUCCGAUGAUUGCUUGAUCCAACUUCUUCCCAAAACGCAUCACCAUGAGAUCUAUAUUGAGUCGUCUGUAGAAGGACCACAUUGUGGAAUUUUUCCUAUUGGAGCACCAUCUACAAGCACUACAACCACUGGCCUCAAGUGGAACCUGAGUGAUGCAGAGAUGAGAUUUGGGAGCAUGAUAAGCACAUCCAACAUUGUGGAUUCAGAUAAAGUUACUGUGCAGUCCGAUGCAGAUCUUCUGUGGACAAUUUCUCUUCGAAAUCUGACCUGAAGAGCAUCCACUUAAUUGGAAUUGUCUGCCGUGUUUCCUUUUUGUAAAAUCUUUGUUGAUCUUGUAUGCUAUCAGCUCGGCUCUUGUACAGUGCAGCUGUGUUUAUGCUCAUAAGUUGUUAUGUAUCUGAUAAACAAAGGAUAUCUUGUGGCUCAUGGUUGAAACAUCUGUUGUCAGAUAGAUGGAGACCUGCCAGAUUAUCAUAAGGAUGUUGUCGUGGAAUUGUCA